UGCGGGGCGCCCCGAGCCGCCCGCCGGGCCGCCGCCAUGGGGUGCUGGGGGCGCAACCGCGGCCGGCUGGUGUGCAUGCUGAUGCUGACCUUCAUGUUCAUGGUGCUGGAGGUGGUGGUGAGCCGGGUGACGGCGUCGCUCGCCAUGCUCUCCGACUCCUUCCACAUGCUGUCGGACGUGCUGGCGCUCGUGGUGGCGCUGGUGGCCGAGCGCUUCGCCCGCCGGACCCACGCCACCCAGAAGAACACGUUCGGCUGGAUCCGGGCCGAGGUGAUGGGGGCCCUGGUGAACGCCAUCUUCCUGACCGGCCUCUGCUUCGCCAUCCUGCUCGAGGCCAUCGAGCGCUUCAUCGAGCCGCACGAGAUGCAGCAGCCGCUCAUCGUCCUCGGGGUCGGCGUGGCCGGGCUGAUGGUCAACGUGCUGGGGCUCUGCCUCUUCCACCACCACAGCGGCUUCGGCCAGGACGCCGGCCACGGCCACUCGCACGGGGGCCACGGCCACGGCCACGGCCUCCCCAAGGCCAGCCGGACCAAGACCGGCCGCACCGGGGGCGACGACGGCAACGCGGCCCCCGGCGAGCCCGGGCCGGACCAGGAGGAGACCAACACCCUGGUGGCCAAUACCAGCAACUCCAACGGCAUGAAACUGGACCCGGCAGAUCCAGAAAAACCCAGAAAUGAUGAUUCAGUGGAACUACAAGUGAAUGGGAAUCUUAUCGGAGAGCCUGACCACAUGGAACUGGAAGAAGACGAUAGGGCUGGACAACUCAACAUGCGUGGAGUUUUUCUGCAUGUUCUUGGAGAUGCCUUGGGUUCAGUGAUUGUAGUAGUAAAUGCCUUGGUUUUUUACUCUUCUUGGAAAGGUUGUUCUGAAACAGACUUUUGUGUGAACCCGUGUUCCCCUGAUCCCUGCCAAAUGUUUGUAGAAAAAAUUAAUAGUACUUAUGCACCAAUUCAUGAGGUUGGUCCUUGCUGGGUGCUAUAUUUAGAUCCAACUCUUUGUAUUGUAAUGGUUUGUAUACUUCUUUACACAACUUAUCCAUUACUUAAGGAAUCUGCUCUUAUUCUUCUACAAACUGUUCCUAAACAGAUUGAUAUCCGAAAUUUGUUAAAAGAACUUCGAGAAGUUGAAGGAGUUGAGGAAGUUCAUGAAUUACAUGUUUGGCAACUUGCUGGAAGCAGAAUAAUUGCCACUGCUCACAUAAAAUGUGAAAACCCAGCAUCAUACAUGCAGGUGGCUAAAACCAUUAAAGACGUUUUCCAUAACCACGGAAUUCACGCUACUACCAUUCAGCCUGAAUUUGCUAGUGUAGGUUCUAAGUCAAGCGUAGUCCCGUGUGAACUUGCCUGCAGAACUCAGUGUGCUCUGAAGCAAUGUUGUGGGACACGGCCACAAGUCCUUUCUGGAAAGGAUGCAGAAAAGGCCCCGACAGUUAGCAUUUCUUGUUUAGAACUUAGUGACAAUCUAGAGAAGAAGCCCAAGAGGACUAAAUCCGAAGGCAUCCCUGCUGUGGUGAUAGAGAUUAAAAAAGUGCCAAACAAACAACCUGAAUCAUCAUUGUGAGUCUUGAAAAAGAUGUGAUAUUUGACUUUUGCUUAAAACUGCAAGAGGAAAUUCUAAGUUUGCCAAGUAGUGUAAUUGAAGUCCUUGUCUGGUCACACAGGUUAAUUCUAUUUUUGUAAGAACAUAAUGGGACUACAUAACAGAGUUCUAUAUUACAACUUUGUGAUUACUAGCGCAGAGUGCAGCUAUGCUGUAACAGUUUUGAAAGCCAGUUUUAACACUAUGUUACAUUUUUGUUUAAAGUAAGUAUAAACCUUAUAUGGCAUAAUGACAUUUUGAUUUCUGGUUUUCCUAUGCUAAAAAUUAGGGGGGUAAAUAAAAUUGUUACUGGAAUUUCUUUGCUUUUCUUUCCCCCCCAUUGUUAUUCUUUAUUAGAAUUAUAAUUGGUAAGACCUUUGAAAUCACCAACAAGUUUGUUUCCUUUGACAUUUUAGGUAAUAUUUACUUGCCCUUUGAGAUCAUUACAUAGCAUAAUGGCAGAAUAUUUUAAGAGUGACUCAUGGCUAUUCCAGGAAAUAAGAUUAGAUAUAGUCUGUAUUCCAUAUUUCUGAGUAUUAAUCUAAGAAACUGACAGAAUUAACAAACUGAAUUAUCGUUUACACAUAAUAGGGCGUAUAAGGACUAAGAGCAGGGAAGAAAGUUUACUAAACUCAUUAUUUAGAUUAUGAUGUUAAUAUUCAGACUACAACUGUAUAAACUAUUUUGAGAUUUUCAACUUUUUUUAUUCUACCAAAGUUGGUCUAAAACAUGGACAUGUUCACCAGCAUUACUCUUUGAAAGAUUGGUUUUAGAAACAGCUGAAAGAUUUCUCAAACAUCCAAAUAUUUUGAAGAAUGUUAGCGUAAUCUUCUAAAUUGUGUUAAAAAAAAAAAAGUAAGACUUCAAAGUUAAAAAGUCACUUCAUGAUGAUAAAUCAUGAAUAGAUUAGAACAGCUUUUCAAGCACAAUCAGCAAGGCUUGUAAUUUGUUGGAGCCACUGACUUGAGAGAAAAGAAUAUCAGAUGGUUAAUGAAAUGUGGAUGCUAAGUUCUUAGAAAACAAAAUAAUUAAGAAAAAAUUUUAAAACUUCUACAAGUCAUUGUGUCUUGACAUUGCUUAGCUCUUCCACCAGUGGACUAUUUAGCAGGAUGUCACAAUAUCUACGCAGGAAAUUAUUCUUGACUAUUUCAUUAUUGCUAUAGAUGUCAAAUCCCACACAAAUAUUUAAGAGUAUUUAAGUUAUAUUUUUCUUGAUAGGAAAGGGUUAUGCUUUGUGCAGAAAGUGUAGAUUUUUGUCCUCAAAAGAAUGGAUAUUAAUGUCAGUUAUCAUGUAUAGCUCUAUUUUUCUAGAAACAAGGUAUUCUGACUACUUGAGUAACUUUUAUAGCUUACUACUUUUGGGAAGGCUACCUUUUUGGGUUUUGAAAUAAUGCAUUGCUUAAUAGGUCUUAAGAUGAAAGUGUUGGAAUACAGUUACUUUUUAAAGGGAUGAUCUUUUUUGUGGUAAAUGGUGUGUUUUUCCCCUGGUAUCAGCCUAUUGCUGGCAAUGGGCCUAUUUAAGAACAGCCAAUUUUUCCAUUGCAAAGGGUAAUUUUAGGAACGUAGUUUGUAAACUUGCAUUUACUAUAAUGGCCAAAACCAUAACCUGCCAAUUUACAAUAUACACCUUGAUCUUUUGAUGUUCUUUCCUAGUAUUGUGUAAUUCUUUAACUGUUAGUUACUUUGAGUUUCACAGAAAGGUUUGGUUUUUUUCAAAUAUUAAAUUUGAGGGAUCUAUCUGGAAAAACAAGAGAGCUGCAAAUUGUACUGUAUCAUGCACAUUCCUAAGUUAACAUUUUUACAGAAUGUUCUAAGAUCUUAAAACAAUGUUAUAUAAACAUUUCAACAAUGAUACAAUAGAAUAACUAGUAAAUGUAUUUCAUUCAGUGGGGUUUUCUUUACAAAUGCUGUUUGGGGGUCUGCCUGAAAGGUGGGAUAAUACCCAAGUACAAGACAUCAGAGUAAGAGUUUUUAGAAAUGGCAUAAAAGCAUGGAACAAGGGCUGUGUUUUCUUUUUCAGAAGUGCUUAGAAGAUAAUAGCAUUUAGGUUUUAGUUAUUUCACUUUCUUACUCUUUUAAGUAGCUUACAUGUAACAGAGUGGUACCAUAGGAUCUUUUUUUUUUCAAAGGACUUCGUCAUUGCAAAAUCAUUGGGCACUGACUUCACCUUUUGAGUUUUAGCAGAGAAUUAUUUAUUUCUUUACAAUGCACUUUCUAACCCAUGUUUAGCUAUUAGCAUUAUCUUUAAGGGGGAAAAAAGACAUACUAUUAUAUUUAAAUGUUGUAAAAUUUGUCUUUUCCAAAAUAUCUUCUUGAGAGAAAAUGUGGGAAAUACCCUGAAUUCUUUUAAGACUUAAUCCUAUUGUUUAAAUAUGCUGUUUAAUCACACUGCAUCAGUUUCAGGAGUCACAUCUCUCCUACUACUAGCUCUUUUAUAUUUGAGCAAAAUCAGUGUAGAAUAUGUAUUUAGAAACCUGUCUAUAGUCUCUAAGGUUUAUUGAGAACAAGGUGCUGCAUGCACCUACAUUAAAAACCCACCAGAUAUUUUUUCCAAGCCAAAUGCAGCCUUAGUAAGAGAUUGACUUCUCCAUUGUCAACUUGUAGCUGGCAUGACUGUUUCUUUUUCUCCAAAGGAGCGUAUCUACAAUUGUAAAAAUAUGGACUAGAGCCUGAAAAACAAAAUCUUCAAAAGUUUUGCUGUAUGUGUUUUAGCAUUUUAGAAAACAAAAUGCUGCAUAACUUUAUCCUAAGGUAUGUAAUUUGAAUAAGAAAAAUUUCUAUCAAGUGCACCUUGGAAAAAAACAGUAGGUGCAAGGCUAUAUUAAUUAACAUGUUUGUGUCUUGUUAGCAUUCUCAGUUAAUUUCAAAGUUUUGAGGGAAAAGACCUAUGGAGCCUAAUGUGAAGUGUUUAGUGGGGUAACUGGUAUUGAAGACUUCUACUGUUUUGUAACUGGUUAUCAUUUGAAUGAUAAGCAUGUCAUUAACCUGCUGUCUGAACAUUCACACACAGAUAGGGGAAAGAAUUCUACAAUAUAAAAAUAUUUAUUUUCAUACUGAGUUUCAGUUAAGUGGUAAAACAGUGUUAAAGUCUUGGAGGUGGUGGAGGGUUUUUUGUUUGUUGUUUUUUAAAUUAAAACUGUGUCAUACAGUGUUUCACUGUCUCUGAAGUGGGAGUUGUCAUAGCACUAUUUCGAUGUAGCUCUACCGAAAUGUGGCAAUGCUAUUUUGUUUCGCUAACUAGCUCUGGAAUAUUUCAGCAGCCAUUUUCACUGGCACAAGAGCUUUUUGUAUGUUAAUUGAAUUUAAACUUUUAAACCAAAAAUUUUCUGGUUCAGUGUCUUUGGCAUAAAGAUGCUGAAGGGAAUGUAACACACAAUUCAUAUGUGGUUAUAUAUAUAAUGACACCAAUUGCCAUGUUAUGGUUCUGCCUUGAAACAGCACAAUGAAGUGUAUCAGUGUAUUCUGUGAUUCUUUAGAAACUUCCCUAUUGUGUUGUUGUGUCUGCUGUUGGCCCUCUUCCGGGCUAGACGCAGUGUAGUUAAAUGCAGUUAUCAUCUCAAUGCAGAUGCAGACAAAAUGUUCAGUGCUGCAACAUUUUUCUUAACCUUUUGUACGUUUUAUGACUGUGUUAUUUUCCAAAGCUGUUCCUACCUCACCAUGAGGCUUUAUGGAUUGUUAUGUAUUAUAAAUGUUCUAUAUGAGACAGACUACUGUGUUUCCUUCUCAUUUAUUAAAAAGUUAAGUAGAAGAAUAAACUAAUUUUAAUACCUA